CUAAAACAUAUUUGGUCAAAGUUUUAGUAGAGUACUUAUGAAGUAAAUAAAAUUAUAAACUUCUUAGAAUGAUUCAAUAAUCUUUGAAUCUGUGUGUCAUAAAAUAAGUAGAUAAAAGAAAAAGCUUAAGCCUAUCUCAAUUUAAUUAGGAUAGGAAUGGUUAUAUGUUUUUAAAGAUUAAAAUCCACAUGGAAUGCUAUAAUUAACAGUGGUGAUAAUGAGCAUUUUGAAAAGUGAUUUUGGAAUGGCAAUUAGAUUAUUAAGAAAUGGAUAGUAUAUUGAUAUAAUAACACCUGAUGGAAAUCGAUUGAAGUAAUUAUUGUAGCAUAAGUGUUUAUAAACAACAUUUCAUGAUGAAUUCAGUGUUUCUAAAAUGAUAGGAAAAGGAAGUUUUGCUAAGGUUUAUCUUGCUGCUAAGAAAUCUUCAGGAGUUUAAUAUGCAAUUAAGGCAUUCAAUAAAGAGUUUAUGCUAGAACAAUUUAAAGGUAAAGAAAGUUUAGAGAAUGAAAUAAGAGUUAUGAGGAGAUUAAAUUAAGAUAAUCUUGUUCAUUUGCAUGAAGUAUAUGAAACAUAAAAUUCAGUAUAUUUUGUUUUGGAUCUUUUAUAAGGAGGUGAAUUAUUAACAAGAGCUAAAACUAAUCCAUUUUCUAAAGAAGCCUUAUAAAAAUUAAUGUAUAAUUUUAUAAAAGCUCUUAUUCAUAUUCAUAGUAAGAAGUGCAUUCAUAGAAAUUUAAAACCAGAAAACUUACUUCUAAAAAAUAAAGAAUCAUCAACUGAUGUUGUAAUUGCUGAUUUUGGAUUAGCAACAUUUUUAAAUGAAUAGAUUUUAUUUAAAAGAUGUGGUACUCCAGGAUUUGUUGCACCUGAAAUUUUAAUAUAUAAAGAAGAAGAUCCUUUUUAUGAUGAUAAAUGCGAUAUUUUUAGUGCUGGAGUCAUAUUUUAUAUUCUUCUUACAGGAAGGUAACCAUUUUAAGGUUAAGAUUACAAGGCUAUAUUAAGAUCUAAUAAAAAUUGUGAAAUUAAUUUCAAUCUAAAAGAAAUAUUAUCAGUAUUUUCUAUAUAUGUAAUUUUAGUCAUCAGCAAAACUGUAAGAUUUAUUACGAAAAAUGCUAUAAUAAAAUCCUAAAGAUAGACCAAGUGCUGAAACCUGUUUAUAGCAUCCUUAUUUUAAAGAGAUUUUUAAUAUGAAAGAUUUAAUUGAAAUUCAAGAAAAUCUAAUUUAAUAUGAAUUAGAAAAUUAAUAUAGAAUAUAAAAGAAAGGAAGUUUCGAUAGUCAAACUGGUUCAAUGGAAUUAAUAACAAGAUCUCCUGCUUUUAAUGGUCGUAUUGAAACUAUUGGAUCAUUUUCUAAUGGAUCAGUACCAGGAUCAUCAAAUCGUUUAGAAAAACCAUAACAAUAAUAAUAGUUUUCUAAAUUUAGUCAAUUUUGUUAAAAUAUAAAGAAUGUACAACAAGAUUCCAAUAGUAGUUCUCAAGCCUCUCCUUUAAAUAAAAAAAAUGAUUCUUAGGAUCUUCAUAAAUUUGCAUUGAAAAACUCUUACUAAAAAAAAAAACAAUUGAGUGUAGAUGAUGAUUAUGUAAAUGAAGAAUCUGUUCACUUAGAAGAUGCCAUAUAAAAAUUAAAUUCUUAAACACCAAAAAUUGGUCUUUUUAAAAAGAGUGCUUCCUAUAAAGUACCAAAAACAACAUAGGAAUGAUAUA